UCAAUUUUUCUCUCUCUACAACACCAAACAUAAAAUCCAUAAAAGUAUUCUCACAAAUUAAUACAAGAGAGAGAGAGAACAAGAACUCGUUAACGUGGGGUUUGUGACAAUACCGUGUUGCUUACAGGGUUGUCAUGAGCGGCGGUGGAAACACACUCACCUCCAUGGGAGGUAGUGGUUGUGGUGGAGGAAGUAGCGGCAGUGGAGGAGGAACUAGUGGCGGUGGUGGUGGUGGGCCUUGUGGUGCUUGUAAGUUUCUAAGGAGAAAGUGUGUUCCGGGUUGUAUAUUCGCACCGUACUUCGACUCUGAGCAAGGCUCGGCUUAUUUUGCGGCGGUGCAUAAAGUUUUCGGAGCCAGCAACAUCUCAAAACUUCUAUUACACAUACCCGUUCAUCGACGGUCCGAUGCAGUUGUAACCAUUUGCUAUGAAGCUCAGGCUCGGAUAAGGGACCCUAUCUAUGGUUGCGUCGCUCACAUCUUUGCUCUUCAGCAACAGGUGGUGAAUCUACAGGCAGAAGUCUCUUACGUACAAGCCCAUUUGGCAUCUCUAGAGCUACCUCAACCACCACCACCACCUCGGCCUCAAUCGCAACCACAACUGCUCUUCUUAACUCCCCCACCACUUUCCAUAACUGAUUUACCUGCAUCAGUCUCACCAUUACCUUCAACAUACGACUUAGCUUCUACCUUCGAUCAAGCAGCGUCUCCUUCGUCGUGGGCAACACAACAGCGAAGAUUCGUUGAUCCACGCCACCAAUACGGUAGAUCAUUGCCAUCUUCUUCAGCAACCUUAGGGCUAGGUGGUGGAAACAGUGACCUUGAAGCAUUAGCACAUGAGCUCCUACAUAGACAAGGAUCUCCUCCACCUACGGCUACCGAUGACUCGCCGUCUCGGACUAAGUCUAGAUGAGUUUGGCUGUGAUCGAUAUUUAUCUCCCUUUCUUUUUUAGCAAAAAUAAAUUACUACUCAAUAAGUUUUAGAAUAU